GCACAUCUAGCCGCUGGAGUGUGUCGUGGUAGCUGCUUUCCUGUGCUAAGCUGAUUUACUUGUUUAAGGUCUGACUUCAUCAUCCUGUCAGUAUGGGUUCCCACCUACACUGUUAGCAGCAGCUUUUCAGCAGAAAACUAGAAGUAUUCACAGUGCACCGGAGGCUGCAGGAAGCGGGGGAGGGGGAACAAGAAAGGCUGCUCUGGGCACUUGUGCUUUUGUUAGUUCAACAGAAGAGGCAGAGAAACAAGAGAUAACAAAGGCACCGUUUCCUUUCUGUGAGAGAAGGCUUUUGUCUUUCCUCCUGCAAGGAUGUCAAUGUCUGGCAAGAAAGAGUUUGAUGUGAAACAGAUCCUAAGGCUACGCUGGAGGUGGUUUAGUCAUCCUUCUCAAGGUUCGCCCAGCACUGGAAACUGCCUUCAGCAGGAAGGAUAUGAGCAUAGAGGGACCCCGGUUCAGGGCAGGUUGAAGAGCCACUCUCGGGACAGAAAUGGACUGAAGAAAAGCAACAGUCCUGUCCACCACAAUAUUCUGGCCCCAGUACCGGGACCGGCCCUUGCCCAUCAAGGAGCUUUUCAGAAUUGGCACCCACAAAACCUGAUAGAACAUCUUCGAGCAAAUGAAGAUACUCCUAAAGCAGUUCCAGAGGAGAAUUUGUUCAAAAGAGCUUGUGAGAAACACUCACAAGACUUGGAGAUGAUGGCUGAUGACAAUAUAGGAGAUUCUACAGCAAGAUUACAUACACAGCAUCCUGAAGAAAUGAAUGUCAGCGUAUCUGAGGAGCAGUUCCAUGCUGUAAACCAUGCAGAGCAAACUCUCCAUAAAAUGGAAAACUACCUGAAAGAGAAACAACUGUGUGAUGUGCUACUCAUUGCUGGACACCUUCGAAUCCCAGCACAUCGGUUGGUUCUCAGUGCAGUGUCUGAUUAUUUUGCUGCGAUGUUUACUAAUGAUGUGCUUGAAGCCAAACAAGAAGAGGUCAAGAUGGAAGGAGUUGAUCCUAAUGCACUCAAUUCCUUGGUGCAGUAUGCUUACACAGGUGUCCUGCAAUUGAAAGAAGAUACUAUAGAAAAUUUGCUGUCUGCAGCUUGUCUCCUGCAGCUGACUCAAGUCAUUGAAGUUUGCUCUAAUUUUCUCAUAAAGCAGCUCCAUCCUUCAAACUGCUUAGGGAUUCGAUCAUUUGGAGAUGCCCAGGGAUGUACAGAGCUCCUGAGUGUGGCACAUAAGUACACAAUGGAACACUUCAUCGAGGUAAUAAAGAACCAAGAAUUCCUCAUGCUUCCAGCUAAUGAAAUUUCAGAACUUCUGUGCAGUGAUGACAUUAAUGUGCCUGAUGAAGAAACCAUUUUCCAUGCUCUAAUGCAGUGGGUGGGGCAUGAUGUGCAGGCCAGGCAACAAGACCUAGCGAUGCUGCUUUCUUACAUCAGGUUGCCAUUACUUCCAGCACAGUUACUGGCAGAUCUUGAAAAUAGCUCCAUGUUUACUGGUGAUCUUGAGUGUCAGAAACUCCUGAUAGAAGCUAUGAAGUAUCAUCUCUUACCUGAAAGAAGACCCAUGAUGCAAAGCCCUCGGACAAAGCCUAGAAAAUCAACUGUGGGGGCGCUUUAUGCUGUGGGAGGCAUGGAUGCUCUGAAAGGUACCACUACAAUCGAAAAAUAUGACCUCAGGACCAACAGCUGGCUACAUAUUGGCACGAUGAGUGGCCGUAGGCUUCAGUUUGGAGUUGCAGUUAUUGAUAAUAAGCUCUAUGUCGUGGGAGGAAGAGAUGGUUUAAAAACUUUGAACACUGUAGAAUGUUUUAAUCCAGUUGGCAAAAUGUGGACUGUGAUGCCUCCCAUGUCAACGCAUAGGCACGGCUUAGGUGUAGCCACACUUGAAGGACCAAUGUAUGCUGUUGGUGGUCAUGAUGGAUGGAGUUAUCUAAAUACUGUAGAAAGAUGGGACCCUGAGGGACGUCAGUGGAAUUACGUGGCCAGUAUGUCAACUCCUAGAAGCACAGUUGGUGUUGUUGCAUUAAACAACAAGCUAUAUGCUAUUGGUGGACGUGAUGGAAGUUCCUGCCUGAAAUCAAUGGAAUACUUUGACCCACACACUAACAAGUGGAGUCUGUGUGCUCCAAUGUCCAAGAGACGUGGAGGUGUGGGAGUUGCGACAUACAACGGAUUCUUAUAUGUUGUGGGGGGUCAUGAUGCCCCUGCUUCUAACCAUUGCUCCAGGCUUUCUGACUGUGUGGAAAGGUAUGAUCCAAAAAACGAUUCAUGGUCAACUGUGGCGCCUCUGAGUGUUCCUCGUGAUGCUGUUGCUGUGUGUGCCCUAGGAGACAAGCUCUUUGUGGUUGGAGGAUAUGAUGGACAUGCUUAUUUGAACACUGUUGAGUCAUAUGAUGCACAGAAAGAUGAAUGGAAACAGGAAGUUCCUGUUAACAUGGGAAGAGCUGGUGCAUGUGUUGUGGUGUUGAAGUUACCAUAAAGCUAUCUUUAUCAAAGGGAAGGAAACUGGAUAUUUUUUUUAGAAAUGGAGUAGGAAGAAGAGAAGAAGAAAAAAAUGUUCUUCCCUUCAGUUAGUAAUCAAACAUGAAAAUUCUUCUGUUAUUUUAAUAUGUAGUUAUAAUUGUUCUAAUUUGUGAAGCCAAAACAAGUUUCUAAACAUACGUCACCUAUAAGAGUUAAGUUUAUUUGUUGUUACAGCUGAUAAUAUAAAUGGAAGUCCACUAGUCUAAGUUUAGCCUCAUUGCUUUAAAAUGUUUACAAGAAAUUGAUAAUGUCCAAGAUAUGAGAGGUUAUAAAAGAAUUGUUAAUUGUUAAGAGUCUGAGAAGUUAAAAACAUUUUCUGUUUCUUAAAAAAAAAAGGUACUCUAUUAUGUGGAACAUAACUAAUAUAAAACAGAACAUCUAAAGCUUAAAAUAUAAAGUCUGAUUUUCAGUAAGACAUCAUUCUCUUAUUCAAAAAAAAAAAAUCUCAAAUAGCUAAAUGAUACCUCACAUUUACCAAGAAGAAAGCUUUUACUGUGUUGAGGGAAAACAAAAAUCAUUGACAUAAUUUGUUGUGAUGAUCACAGUAUGUUAAAAUUUUCACAAGCUUACACUUGUGUAAGUACCAUCUUCCGAAGCAUACACAUAAAUUUGGUAUUACUUAACAUGUUGUCUUGUUAGAUUUGUUACCAUCAAAAUAUUACUGGUCAUUUCAUAUACAUAAUCUAUAUAAUAAAAUAGUGAAUGUUUAUCAUAUUGAUGUAAACUGUGACCUUAGCUUUAAAAUUUCAGGGCCUCACUCGUAUAGAAAGUAAUAUUCUCCUCAAACAUUUCUGUGAACUCUGUCAACACCUACCAUUAAGUUUAACAAAUUUUCAAAAACAAUUUUUAAAGUGCAGUAAAAUUGAGAUGUUCGACAAUAUUACACUUGGAAACACAAAAAUAUUCAAUCCAUGAUAAAUUCUGUAAUAAUCUUUUAUGUACUAAUACACGCUUUUCUGUUAAUGUUAUAUUCAUACAUCAGAAAAUGUUAAGGAUAUAUGCACUACAAUAAACAUUUUUGAAUUAAAAAACAAAACGGCUAGUUGGGUAGUAUUUUACCUUUAAAUUUUUACUUCCAUUAUCACAUUACAAAAAUAUUUAAGGUAACAUGUUAAAAAAAAAACUUCUUUAUGAAAAUAACGUUAAAAGUAAUGUACAAUUUUAGAAUUUCUGCAAUAUGUUCUUUUAAACAAGCUUUGUAUUGUAGUAUGUGACACCAACAAGUAAAAUCCAGAGAGACACUUAUAAAAUGUACCACUACUUUUUAAGUUUAAAAAGAAAAGAGCAAUGUAAGUUGUACGAAGAUAUUUGUACUUUCACAAAUUGAAUUUAAAUAAAAUCUAUUUCCUCU